GCGCGCGGGGCAGGCGUCGCGACGCCCGGUUAUCAGCGUCGACGAGCCGGAUGCGAGUGCGUGACGGGUCGACGUCCAAGGUCGUCGUGCGUGUGCGCGCCGGCGUCUCUCGGGCGGGCGCAUUGCGGUGUUCGUCGGCAGCGAGCGAGCCUCUCCUCGUCACACGUCUUCCUCCAUGUCGCCCGCCAUGGCCUCCCUGCGAGUGAGCACCGAGCUGAGGAACGAGUUCAGCCGGCGGCUGUCCGCGCUGCUGGAGUGUCCCUCCUGCUCCGAGUACAUGCUGGACGACAUCUACCAGUGCGUGCAGGGCCACAGCCUGUGCUCGGCGUGCCGGCGCAAGACGACGGCGUGCCCCAAGUGCUCGGGCCCGCUGGCCGACACGCGCUGCCUGCUGGCCGAGCAGGUGGCGCAGGAGAUCUACUACCCCUGCAACAACUCGCAGGCCGGCUGCGCGGAGAUGCUGCUGCUGAAGGACCGCAAGGAGCACGAGCUGAACUGCCUGCACCGCGUGUACUCGUGCACGCGCGGCGACGCGUGCGCCUGGCAGGGCGUGCUGCGCGACCUCGUGCUCCACGUGGAGCAGGCGCACAAGUUCGACUCCACCGACGAGGUCACCGCCAAGUACUGGAGCUACGACGUCGCGGCGGACUCGCACCACGAGCUGGUGGCGCUGGUGCACGGCGAGAUCUUCGUGUGCGCGCGCGUCUACAAGGCCGAGGCGCGCAAGCACCUGUUCUACGCGACGCACGUGGGCGCCAAGGACCGCGCGGCGGACUUCUGCUACGACGUCACCGUCUACACGCCCGACGCCGCCAACAAGAAGGUGGUGGCCGUCACCAACAUGGCCGUGCCCAACGUCAGCGAGGAGCAGGACAUCUACGAGAGCGGGCAGGCCGUGAUGCUGGACGACUGCCUGGUCAGGAGGCUGGUGUCCGGCGACAAGCUGCGCUACAAGUUCGCCAUCCACAAGCUGUAGGCCGCCGCUCCGUCCCGCCCCGCUGUUUAUUACGUCCGCGCUCUAGCCGUGCGUCGGGUGUCUCACUAUGGCACCUGGUCAACUUUCCCUUCCAUAACUUUCUCUCUUGUUUCAUCCAGAAACUUUAUUCUUUAUAACGUACUGAAACUUACCUUUCUUGGCAUGAUUCAAAAUAAUCAAAAUUGGUUCCGACAAUUUUUGUACUUUUCAUCGCCAGCUUAUUUUUUGUGGAUGAAUUUUAAACUAAUCUUCAAUUGUUAAGAGGCCGAUACAGUCUUGUGCAAGUCUAACAAUCGCAUGGAAACUGUUUGUCGCACACUGUUGGAAAUUACAAAAGAUUUACAGUAAAUCUAAAAAGAAUUAACCUCCGAAAAAUUGCACCAAAUAACUGGAUAUUCGUAGAAACUAUGCUGCGUUCCGAAUUCCGGGUACAGAAUGAUAAAAAAGGAAACAAGACAAUAUUAUAACAUGACAUCUAUAGUAUAAAUUACUGUUGGUGGGAAAAGUACAAAUUGUAUGUAAAUAAAUUAUGAAAAUAAAAACGCCUAGGAAUUUUGCUGUCCGGUCGCCAACGUAAUCCAUACCUUCAGAAAAGGAACUGUUCGCAUCACAUCCUCACUUAUUGCCCGACUAGUACCGACAGACUGCACGGCUCCUGUUUAUCUCCGCCGCUCCAUUUCAGACAUUCUCGUUGGAUCUUCGGAUCACGUCACCGCCCAGUUGUCGAUCCAGAAACUAUGAAUGUCAACGUCUUCCUCUGGUAAAUAUUAUAAGUCUUCUCAGAAAUUACUACUCAAAUCAGUUCAAAAACGAAUAAAGUGUUUUCACUCACUAUCUAAAACUGUAAUAAUAAAUCAUGUAUAUAACAUUCAGUUUUGUUUCAAAUAAAUAUUUUAUGAAAAGUUC